AUGACAGAUAGGGCGAGCAGCAGAGGAACCAAGGCGAUGAGGUACAUGAAGUCACCUUUCAAGAUGUUGAUAAAGGUAAAGGACAUGUAUGUCCGCGCCAUGAUCCGGUGCUCUACUGGCAUGGCCGGUAUGGAUACAGGGUAUCCUAUGCAGCAUAGCUUCAUUCAUCCUGAGAGCUUCAGGGUAUACUCUACAACAGCCUCCUCAAGUUCAAGUGGCGAUGACUUCAAGGAGCUUGUGAAGACUGCGUCGCUUAAGAUCAGACCAGGUGGGAGUGGAGUUGAUGUUGGUGUGGAAGCAAAGAAUGUGCCUACUCCGAGAAGUCGCAGUGUCGGAAUGCCAACAAUCAAGGAAGAAGAUGAAUUCGACGAGGAGUUUGUGUCUGGAUAUGAUGAUGGUGAUAUCAUUAUGAAGGUCAAUCCCCUUCUUUCACAAAGUAGAAGCUGUGUCAUUCGUAACGGAUCGAGUAUGUUUUAA